UUUUAAUCAAAUCAUAAUUUUGGGUUUAUUGGAUACUUGUUUUUAAAUCCAGAUAUUCAAUUGAAUUAGGUAACGCUAUAUUUUACCUACUUUUUGACUUCCACAAUAAUUUAAAUAAACAAGAAUUUGUAAUGACUUGGGACGUAACACUGGAUUUCGAGUAUGUUGUGACAAAGAAGGCCCCACCACCCCUUUGUUUUGGCACUGAGUUGAAUCGUGAUGUUCUACCCAUGAGUGGGCCAGCACUCAGUCCCUUCAUGAGAAGAAAUACUAUACAAGUACAGCCAAACUUGGGACCGGGUACUUAUGAAAACAGCCGAGACGCAUUUUACGAUCUCACACAUAGGAUUUACAGCAAAUGUUGUUAUGGGCCGAAAUCCUCAAGAUGGAAAGUUAAACAUGAGUAUCAGCCACCACCAAAAGAACCACCACCCCCGAAACCUGUACCACAAAACUGUGCGCCUUUUAACUCUUUAUCAAAAAGGAAAGGGUUGUUUAAACCUACCGACUGUCCUGCGCCAUGUGAUUACUAUCCAAUGUAUAAGAAGAGACAAAUGAAAUUUGCAUACAGCUUCACCGGCAAAAAAGUUUUAAAAUGCGCAGUUGAGAUCAAAUGUGUUCCAUACAACUUGGACGCUUGUGGUUACUGUGGCUGUUCCUGUUCUGCGCAAGGAGACUAUUGGCAGUAUGAGAACCGAAUUUUCUUAUGCAGGAAGCAUUAUACGAGACUGUUUAAAAAUUGCUUAUCUAAAUUUCAAGGUGCAAAAUUAGCCGAUUUCAAGUCUGUGAGAGAUUGUUUCUUCGCACAUGCGCACAAUAGUUGCAAAGCUGCUUUGAAAAUUAUGAAGAGUGAAGAAAUUGAAAAGAAACUGAGAAAAGAAGCUUAUCUGGAUUUAUAUUUCCCGCAACGCAGAUUUUGUAACAAUUAGUUGAUGAACUCUUUAGGUAAGGUGAAAGCUACGUAGCUUUCGUUAAAAAGAUUGCAAUCA